GUUCUUUUUGAACUACAACUUCGUCCCAAUUUGUGAUAACGACAACGUGACCUUUGACGCACCAGGCCGAUAAACGCAUCACCUGCACCUUCAACGACCAGACUGCCACGACAUUAACAUGGCUGCAGCGGUGGCCGCACCAACUAACGGUUUCCAUUCCGACAAGGACAAUGUCGUCCAUGCGAAGUUGAACUACUACCUGGAUCCAUCGCUAGGUGGUACAGACUCCUUUGCGAUUGGUACUGCAGGCGCAUACCGUCGCAAAUUCGAUCAGCGACCUGUCGACAUCAAAGACGCCAGGGGAAUCCAGGAUAAGUUCGACAUUGACACCCACGGCUUCCAGUAUCACAAACGGCCCAGCACAGAGAAAGACUUCACCGACGAUGAACAGGUCAAACGUGUCGCAUAUCCCGAGGCCAUUCAGCUGCUGAAAGACGUCACCGGCGCCACCAAUGUCUAUGUCUUCAGUCACAUCACCCGCCGUAAUGACCCAGCCAAGGUACAAGCGGCGCUGAAGACAGACCUCAAGAAAAGCGACGAUAACACGGUCGUCGAGGGAAUCUUCCCAGCAAGCUACAUCCACAUCGACCAAACGCCAGCAUGCGCGUUGCAGGUCUUCCAGGACCAUUUCGACGAUUCCUCGGACUUAGGCCGCCAUGUACUUCAAAACAACGGCCGCUGGGGCAUCAUCAACCUCUGGCGACCAAUCUCGCGCAUCAAGCGGGACCCGUUGGCCGUGUGCGACGCGCGCACCAUCACCGACGACAACUUGCUGCCCAUCCGAAUCCUGCAGCCGCCAAAGGAUAGACCGACGCAAUACGCCACCACGACCAAGGGCGAGUACAUGGAGAUCUAUUCUGCGCGAUACAGCGAAGGCCAGCAGUGGUAUUAUUGCAGUGAGAUGGAGCCAGACGAGACGUUGCUCAUCAGAUGUUACGAUUCGUCGACCAAGGAGGGCAGGGCGACCAGAUGUCCGCAUUCCGCCUUUGAGUGGCGGGACAACCCAGACGGUGGAGUGAGGGAGAGCAUCGAGAUUAGGUGUUUGGUGUUCUGGGAGAAUGAGAAGAACUAGGUGCUACUAGCAAACUUGAGUAGUUAUUGCAAACAGUCAUUGCAACAGCAGCAAGUGAAUGUAAGGAGAUGUAUACGUAGGCGUGAGGGUGAACG